CCCCCCCCCCCCCCCCCCCCCCCCCCCAAGAAGUAGAGCUCGAUGGAGAACGAACUGUUUAUGAAUGCAGGAGUUCCGCAUCCGUCGGAGAUGACGUCACUGUCUUCUUCUUCGGCGAUGCUGAAUUGGGCUUCUAUGGAGACUCAGCCAGUGGACCCGAGCCUCACUCGGGAUUGCUUUUUCUGGGAAAAGUCAACGGAACAGAGCAUCUUGGACUCGGCUCUGAGCUCACUCGUCUCUUCUCCGACGCCGUCAAACUCUAACUUCUCCGGCGGAGGCGGAGACAACUUCGCCAUUAGAGAGCUCAUCGGUAAAUUGGGUAACAUCGGCGAGGUCUACGGGACUCCGGCUAGCAACGGAAACGGCUCCGGCUCGUGUUACGCAACUCCGAUGAGCUCUCCACCGCCGAUACCGAUGUCGCUGAAGAGAAUGACUACACCGAUAGCGGAAAUUUCCGGCGAUUCAGGAUUCGCAGAGAGAGCGGCGAGGUAUUCGUGUUUCGGCAGCCGAAGUUUUAACGGCAGAGUCAACUCGCCGUUUCCGACUAAUAAGGGACCCGCUGCUGCAACAGUGGGAACCAACGGGAAGCUGUCACGUGUCUCGAGCACCUCAGCUCUCAAGCCCCUUGCGUCUCCGAUUCCCGCCGGCGAAUCGUCCGGUGAGUUUUCCCGGAAAAGAAAAGCAAAAUCCAAGGAGAAUUCUCUUUCCACAGCUUCCCCAUCUCCCAAUUUAUCGAAGGAGGUUAAAGAGAAGGAAGAUUCGGAUUCCAAGAGAAGUAGAAAAUCAGAAGAAGAUGAAGAGAAAACGAAAUCACUUGAUCCUUACAAAGACUUCAUCCAUGUCAGAGCUCGGCGAGGCCAAGCCACCGAUAGUCACAGUCUCGCCGAACGAGUUCGAAGGGAGAAGAUAAGCGAAAGAAUGAAGCUGCUUCAAGAUCUUGUCCCUGGAUGCAACAAGGUUACUGGGAAAGCACUGAUGUUGGAUGAAAUUAUAAACUAUGUCCAAUCAUUACAACAACAAGUUGAGUUCUUGUCAAUGAAGUUAUCGUCAGUGAACACCAGGCUGGACUUUAACAUGGAAGCUCUCGUGUCAAAGAAUUAUUCAGCAUUUUCUGAAGAUGAUCUACGUAGCAUUAUUCAUAUGGGAUUUGUGCAGCAAAACCAGAUCCGUGAUUCAAACCAAGUACAAUCACAUAAUUAUCAAGGUCCAUCAAACCAAGUACCAUCACACAUGAAAGCUGAAGUUUGAUGAUAAACCAUUAUUUGCAUUUGUUACAAAAGAAAAAUAUUGGAGUUUCAAUUAAAGGAUAGAAAGUAAGAAAAGGAUUGAUGGGUGUACAUAACAAGAAGCUUGAACUGGACCACACCAUUUGCAAAAUUCGUUUCUAUAACCAUCUUCAUAUAUAUACUGUAUCAAAUAACAGCUUCUUUUUACUAUUUAUUUGUGCCCUUAUUUUAGUUUUAUGUCCGAUUCAUUUGUGGGACUCAACUACUGUAUUGUCAUCCGCUAUUAUUAUUAUCGGAUUCUUUAUGCUUUUUUUUAUUGCUUGGAUUUCAUAUCAUUGUAAGUUUUAACCCCACUAUAGAAUAAUACCAUUGCUAUACUAUAAUUUGAUCUGUUCGUUUCUUCCACCA